AUAGUCGAUUGCGCAACGCCAACAUACGGCACCACUAAUACCGCUUCGCUCGCGCCGCUCAGCGCCAGGUCGGUCGAGUGUGUGGUGUGAUCACUCGACCCCGCACUCGACGUAAACCUACCGUACAUAAAUUGAAAAAAAAAGUUAAAAUCGAUUCUAAGAAUUUUUAGAACCAUUUCUGGUUCCAAAUAAAAGUUUAUAAAUACGGGACAAAGAAAGGUUCUCCGAUCUCCAUUUUUAGGCCAGUGUGUACUGUGUAUUCGGUAAAUAAAUUACCUUCUUGUCCGGAUGUGCAAUUGGGUGUCGAAUUCUUGUAUGCCGUAGUUUACAUGGCCGAGCUGACUCACGACGAAGCUAGCUAGCUCGAGCAGCAACUGCUCAGUGCUGCUGUACGUAGAGCGGAACCUCGCGGUACCCGGCCGCGCCGGGGAGCGCUAGGCCUAGGGGGGACCUGGCCAGACGGUGCGCGUGCCGCUGCAGUUCAGUGUAUGGUGCAUGCAGCUCAGAGCAGUGUAGGUAUUCCACACGUCGGGCUUGGACUCUUUUGAAGCUAGCUGAAUCGGGAGCUGCUGCUGACUCUCAGCCUGCAUGACAUGAGCAGAUGUAAAAUGGAUCAAAUUCAGCGUGCAGAAAUCACCCUUCUUCAAAGUUUGCAAGAAACAUUCCCUGAUCAUGAGACGUUGAUAUUAGCCAUAUCUCGUUUUGGAGCUCCUAAAAAUGCAUUUCUUCUGUGUUUUCCAAUUGCAUUUUGUGUUUUCGGCGCCAGGUCUGGAUUGCAGAUUUUGUGGGUAGCUGUGCUAUCAGAAUGGCUGAAUGCUGUUUUGAAAUGGUUAAUGAUGGGACAGCGCCCCUAUUGGUGGGUUAUGGAGAGUCCUGUUUAUAUGGGUGAAGAGCGUCCAUUCCUGAAACAGUUUAAGAUAACAUGUGAAACAGGGCCAGGCUGUCCUUCAGGUCAUGCCAUGGUUACAACAGCUGUAUGGUUUGUCUUUGUGUCAUCUCUCAAUGAAAUGAUCCUGUCUGAAGUGAAGAAUUCUCACAAUGCCAAGAUGGCAACAAGGAUCACAUGGACUCUGUAUGGCAUUGUCUCAGUGUUGGUUUGUGUUUCCAGAGUCUACACUGCGACUCAUUUCCCUCAUCAAGUCAUCCUGGGAAGUGUAACUGGAGUGUUACUGGCAUCAGUAAUCAGACAGUACCCUGUGGAAAACUAUGGUUUUGGGUCUUACUUUCUGCUGGGAUUAUUCUUCUUAGUGUCGAUCUUUAUAGAAUAUUACCUGAUAAGCCUCGUCGGUCUUGACCCAGCCUGGUCUUUUAAACUUGCCUUGAAAAGGUGUGUUUAUCGGGAAUGGGUCCACCUGGACACCACACUCUUCUAUGCCAUUUCCAGGGACGUUGGUGCUUUCGUCUUUGCAGGAAUGAUCUGCAGUUGCUUGACAGUAAACUAUGAACGCACGAGGGGGCAGUAUGUGAUGAAAAUGACUGCAACUCUUUUGACUAUAGCUGCUGCAUUGGUCAUAGAUACCAUGUAUGUUCCCAGAAGAUAUAUUGUAUUGUUUUACAUAUUAGGUGCAUUCAAAUCUGGAUUGGUGUCGGUCAGUACUGUAGCACUCAACCAAAUUGUAUCCAGUUUCAGUCGUCAGAACCCGAACUUAUGACAGCUACAAGAUUCUAAAGAAGCAUUUUUGCCUUUGUAAACCAAAAUGAAAAACUUGGUGCAUUGUAAUGUUAAGUGAAAUUCAAUCUUUUCCUUGUGUUUUUAUAUGCCCGUCCUAAACGGGACGUAUUAUGGUAUCACGCUCGGUGUCCGUCUGUCUGUCCGUCCGUUAACUUUUCCUUGUAAACGUAAUAACUUCAGUUUGACUUAACCUACGCUCAUAUAAUUUGGUGUGUAUGAUACUAGCAUGGAUCACAGGAAGCCUAUUGAUCUUGAGGUCCAAAGGUCAAGGUCACAGUGAUAUAUAUUCAUCUUACCCUUCUGCAGUCCUUGUAAAUCAUAAUGCGUUAACUUCAGUUUAAUUUAACCUAUGCUCAUAUAGUUUGGUGUGUAUGAUAUUAGCAUAGAUCCCAGGAAGCCUAAUGAUUUUGAAGUCUAAAGGUCAAAGGUCAUGGUCAUAGUGACAUGUUUUCAUCUUACCCUUCUGAUGUCCUUGUAAAUGCGAUAACUUAAGUUUAACUUAACCUAGGCUCAUAUAAUUUGGUGUGUAUGAUACUAGCAUAGAUCUCAGCAAUUCUAUUGAUUUUGAGGUCAGAAGGUUAAAAGUGAAGUCGCCACCUUCCACUUUUCCUGCUUGACCAAUACAUCCAUUUUCCGCGUUACAGGCAGGCGUAUUAUGUGCUCGUCUUAGCGACACUCUUGUUUUAUCGUUGUUUUUUUAUAUUUUGAAAAUACUGUUAUAUUAUAGUAAGUAGUCUAAUUGUGAAGCAAUGUUAUGUUUAGAUAUUGUUAUUGCAUUAAUGAAUAGCAAUAUAUUCAAAGGAAAUGACCAGUCAUAAUACAGCAUUCCAUAUGAUUAUCUUUGUUAAACUUAUGUCAAUUAUAUAACCCACCUGACCAUCAACCCUGUUAGUGUAUAAUGAGCCAAACUCAGCCAAUCACCAAUUAUACAAUCAUACUGCAUGACAAUUUAUCCAGUUUUUAUCUGAUCAGUUUUAAUUCCCACACAUCAAUUCAGAUGGCUCUUUAAUAUGGCUUUUUUACUAGUUUCCCAGCCACAAUAAAACUGAUAGUGUGAAAUGAUAAUAAUUGAGGUUUAACUUCAAGGGGUACCUGUUGAGUUAUCAAUGUUAUGAUAUAUUUUCAUGAGAAUAUUUGAACUAAACUAAUUUGGUUUCAGCAAAUAACAAUUUGAUAAUAAAACAUCUUGUAAAGUUGUAACCACAUCACUGUAGAUAUACUGGCCCGUAUUCUAAAGUUGGGUUUAAAGUUGUGGUUUAAAAAUGGAUAGCCAAUUGUUACAUAAAUCACUAACAGUAUCCUGAUAUAGAGAUAUAAUAUUUCACCUCAUUUGGCUCUCAAAUCAUUCAUAAUUGUGUAAGAAUUAUAAAUAGAUUAUUGUCUGCACCAUCAAUGAAUCAGGAAAGAGCACAGUAAACAUAAGAAACAUACAACUUCAUAAAAAUUUUGACACUUUUGGCUUCCCAUAAUUUUAGCACAGAGUGAGACCAUGGUCUAAGUUAAACCUGACUUCAGAAUACGAGCCACUAGAUCUGGUAUAUUUCCACACACCUAAAUUUGGGAAAUCAUGUUAUGUUAUCUAAGCUGAAGAUGAUUGCUUUAUGUGUAGAUAAGCAGAGACUUAAGAUGCUUCCCCUCUUUUCUUCUUUCCCAUUUCUCCAUGUACUUUUUGUAUAACCCUUUUCCCUCGCCUUCCUCCUCUCUCUCUCUCUCUCCCCCUCUCUCUUUCAGUUAGCAGAUACCCCUUCUCCAACACCCUCAGCCCAUAUCCCUUAUCUUCUCUUAUGUCUCUUGUCCAUAUUAGUUGUAAAUGAAAUAGCAGCUGAUACUAAUUUUAUUAUCUCUAAAACAAGUUCAAGGUAACAUAGAAAACAAAGAGUUAGUACACCCAUUUUUUUUUAAUCAUCGUCCUAUUUGCUUUUCAAAAUGGCCAAAUGUCUUAUUUAUGGUAUAAACUUUUUUUUUGUAUUCAGACUUAAAAGAACGUCUUGAUAACUCUUAUUGAUGCAAUAGUUUCAUCCCAUUUCCUGGACCAUCCCUUUAAAAGUUUAUGGAUCUAGUUCUUGAAACUUGGACAUAAGAGCAGCAAUGUAUCCCUUAAUACCCUGUGCGCGUUUCAGGAACAUGGCCGAGGUCAAAGGUAAUUUAAAGGUCAAUGAACUCUGGCCAUGUUUUAAGUAUUUGUUGAAUUGGCAUCUAGCUCAUGAAACAUCGACAUAAGGGUAAUCAAGUAUUUUUUUAUCACAUAAGUGUUUUCUUCUGUGAAUAAUUAUUAAUUGGCUGUUUUCAAAGGCAGCACUGCUGCUAUAUGAAAUUGCGUAAUGCAGGCGAGACUGCCAGGUGUUCCACUUGUUAUAUAACUUCAGAGGGACAUUUCUGUUUAUCAAAAUAUGCACUUAUGCAGUGAUAAUACUGAAAUAUGAAUAUAGAUGUUGUUUGUUUGGUCUGUUACAAAGUGUUAAACUUGUUUAUGAAAGCACAAAACUUUAUCAUAUGUACAGUACUGUAUGAUCAAAUUGUAGGAUCAUUAUGAUGAUCUCAUUGCACUCUGAGGGUUUUUGUACAUGUAUUAUUACAACUCAUUAAAAAUGAGGCAUUAAUUUCA